AUGCAGCAGCCCCCCCAGCAGUGCGCAGCCUUCUGCGGCCUCGCCCCGCCCUCCGUUCCGCCCUGUGCGGGCCGGGGCUACUGCUACUGGCAGGCGCCGCAGACCAGCAGCAACGCCGCGUGCACUUGUGCUCCGGGCUUCACUACAGGGGCUUCGCCUGCCAUCUGCGAUGCCGUCCUGCCCGAGUCCGAGUGGCUGGCGCUGGAAGCACUGGCAACAGCGUGGCGGGGGUACGACGGGGAGGGCACGUGGAGCAAGGAUGCCCGGUGUGCCAACAUGCGGCACGUCACAUGCGAUGCACAGAACCAUGUCGUGAAACUGUAA